GUUGGUACAUUGUUAGCAAAUACAGCAUUUUGUUGUCCUCAAUCCAAAAGCAGCAGCUAUUCUUCGAAUUUUCGCCAUGAAGUCCAUGUUGGUACUUUGCGUUUUUCUUGUUAUUGGAGCUGUCCAGUGUGCCAGAAUUCGAAGACAGGCGGUGACUGAGGCUCCAGUGGCGGCUACAACUGCGAAGACUGAUGGGAUGAACGUAGCUUUAGGUUUCAUGGUGGACGAACUGGACAAGGAAUCAGCUCUCGGAGGACCAGUGAAUCCUGCCGGUCUUAAAAAGGCUACUGUUCUUGCAUUGAAAAUCCAAUUGCUUGGAGGAAAAGUCGACGAACCCACCCAAGACAAAUUGGCUUCCCUCUUGGCAGAUGCAGCUGAUCCUAGCUACUCUCAAUAUGCUGGUGGAGCAUCGAAACCAGCUGACACCAAAGUGAACCUCUCUCAGUUUGGCGCAUAAGCUGUUGAUGCUAUCACUAUGCACGAUUGAAUAUCAGUCUUCUGGUUGACUAUGAACUCCUCCUUUUAUUACCUUUUUUUACCCUUGUGUUCAACUCAAAUCAUUUGAGUGUUUAUAUGCUCUGUUAAAAAUGCGUUAACUUUUGACUGGUUUUAAUUCUGUGUAGAAUAUUUUGUUGAAAUAAAAAUGUUUCUGCUGCCA